GAUUUGUUUUUCCUCGGUUAUUUUUAUAAAAUAGCAGAAAAGUUGCAAUUAGAUGAAAUUAUGCUUAUAAUGUAUUGCAACAAAUGCUUUAAGCGAAAAACGAUAGAGAACUCAAAUAAAUUCUACAUUUCCAAAUGUAGUCAUAUCUUCUGCCAGCUGUGCUUGCCUACGGGUCCAUGCCAUGCAUGCAAAGCGCCCUACAAAGCCAGGACAAUCGACGCUAAUAUGCCCAAAGCAAUGGAGAUUUAUUUCGAACCACCAGAAAAAGCAUUUCGUAGAUUUCAAAAAAUACUCCAAUUCCAAACAUCGCAGUAUGCAUUAUACGCUCACUACUGGCUUAAUGUAAUUCCACUUCAAAUUCAAGAAGAGUUUAAGAAAUUUAAUGGAAUGAGGAGAAUCAGUGCCCAUCUGAAUGAGAAAUUAGCAUACGAAACCAAGAGAAUUGAAAAACUGAAAUUAUAUUUAGCAUAUAAAAAGCGGUGCUCACAAGAGUUGAAUCAGAUGCAUCAACGUCCGGUUCGUGGUCGUUCAUCCACGGUCUCAUCAAACAGUAGAUAUAAUAAUGUAGUCAACCGCCUUAAAACUCCAACAAUAAGCAGUUUAUCGGAAGUUACUCUGUCUAGUGCUAAUUGCUCAAACUGUACAGAUUUGAGCAAACAAAGGGGUUCCUUUUCCAAACGUGCGCGAAAUGAUUUCAGAAUUUAAGCGUUAUGACGCCUCACGCCCUUUUAAAACUUAGCGUAUUAGUAAGAAUCUACUUAAUCUAAUUUUACUUAUGUUUUAUUUGAAAUAUGCAAAAUUGAGUUAAGAACUAAAAAUAAAUACCAUUCGUAGCACUCUAUUCAACUGGGAGUGGUUGUAUGGUAAUUCAUUAAAAAUACAUUUUAAAAUUGCUACACGCCAUGUAAUACUAUUAUAAUUACUGGUUCUGUUUUUCUGUAAAAGCAUUAAGUGUUCUACAUACAUGUUUUUUAAGUGACAGUACUUGACCGAAUAUUAAUCCGGAAUAUGCCGGUAACGUAGAAUCGACUAUUGGGGGACUGAAUUUAAUUUGAAAUAAAUGAAAAUUUUUUGAAUAUUACGAUGAAAUGAAAUAAUUUGAAUAUAGAAUAUAACAGAGCGUCUAUAAUGAACCGCUUAGGGCGUAACUGGCCACAGGGAUCUGUAUGUAUAGGUAGUAGAAAAAAUAUAAUAAAAAUUUAAUUAA